UUCGGGUACGGACGUCUUGCAGGAUAUACAGCUAAGGGAGCUAAGAGAGGACACCCCGGAAAUCGACGGCGGGAAAGCAACGUGAAAGAAGACUCUCGCUCAUUAAUGCGUUAAGGCAGAAGAUAUGCGACUCUACACUGUUGCUGUUAUCAUAUGGGCGGCAAUAAUAACAGUAUUCUCGGAAUCCAACGUCGAAAAUUUAAGUGACGAGAAGGUUGUUGACACGGAGAAGCAAAUAACGCGGUUUCAUGCGACGGAUAUAGAAGCGAGGAGUUCCGAGCAGGCGAGCACCGAGGAUUAUCCUGAGGCCGAUUCGCUUGAAUCGGUAAUUCGCGCCGAUGAGAAAGGCUCGAAUGGCAUUUUUGCGAGUGAUUCUUCCACACCGGAAGCGAUCUAUGCGACGCCGCUCGCCGAAACGAUCGAUGAUUCGUUUAAAGAGCGAAGUCGCGAAUUUGGAUACAUCGCGCCAGAAGAGGUCCUUCUCGUCCAGCAUGCCGGCAGUUUUGGACAGAGGGUGAGGCAGGGUCAUCCGAGCAACAGGAAUACCGUUCGGCCUGUCGAUGACAAAAGUCGAAAGGAUGACGAGUACUCGAGUAUUCGGAAGCCCUUCGGCAGCACUGUGUCGUCACCUGAGGACGGGGACCGUCAAGCUUACAUGUCCGUCACGUCGGAGCCUUACGUGUUCGCGUUGAAGAAAGGAAGUGAUUCGACAUCUUUCAAGGACUCUGAUGAUCCGAAAAUGUACAAUUCCGAGGAAAUUUUCAAUGUCGAAACCACGACAAAAGUGUCGUCGGCACCAGUGGAAACCGAUGUCGCUUCGAUUAUAGAUGAAAACGAUGUCGUGCCCGAAAAUUUUCAGACCCCACAAGUGAGGUCGUCCCGAGCGUACAACAAUACUGCGGACAAAGUGACGGAGAGGUCUGCGGAAUCCGUCGAGAAGAGCAUCGUGCGAGUGUCAUCAUCGACGUCCGUGGAAAUUAAUCCUUCGUUGCAGUCAAUGAAAUUUUCAGGUCCCAUCGUAGUACCUGAUCUGGUUGAUAAAGAGACUUCAGAGAUGAUGGUUGAUUAUUUGGAUGAUAGCGAUGCCGGGGCGUUUAGAUCAAUCGAGGACUCUGAAAUUACGCCAGAAAACUACGCGGAAGGCUCCAGAUCGAUUUCAAAUGUCAUACAGACUUCCUCGAUCGUGCUGAACCCGCUGCAAGUCGGGAUCGCUCUGAUGAACGCCGACGAGAUCGGUUCGAUGGACGACAGCGAGCAAUCUGCCGCAACAGACACCAAAGACUACCUCCAGGAUUAUCCCCAGGACGAUCUGCAGCGUUUGUCGGUGGACAAAAAGUUUGUCGAGAGCAACGUCGAAAAUCGAUCGCGGAUCGAUUAUAAGGAUGAGAGUUCUCAAGGCAAGAGAGAGGAACAGAAGUCGACUGAGGCCGUCACGCAAAAAGUAUCCGACAAUUCUGUCGAAAUUCAAAAGUCCGUCGAGAUUUAUCAUACUGCGCCGGUGCACGAGAUCCAUUAUCCUCCGGUGUACAUCCAGCAGACCUCCAAUCUCGGUGUCAUCGAUACAAACAAUAUCGGGAGAUCGAACCAGCUAUAUGGUCAGGACGAACAAUCAGAGUCACGGUCGAAUUACGAUAUCUAUCGAGGUACCGAGCAGAGCGUCAUUAAGGCGUCUGAGCAGAAAUCCAUCCGACCUAACCAAUACAAUGCCCUCGAGGAUAACCUUGGUAAACCAACGGCCUCGACUUUGAUCGCCGAAUACCCGACAAGCGUCCGCCAGCAAUCACCUAUCGAGACUUCUGUCGAAUUGCAACCGUACAAGUAUAACGACGUGCGGCCGAUUCUACUUGUACCGAAUCAGUUCGAUGACACAUCGUACGAUCAGUCAUCCAACGUGCGACAUAGCUUCAAGGAUGAUGGCAGCGCGUCAUUGCAGGCUACAAAGGUCCUCACUUAUGCAGGUACUACGAGGCAGGAAUCAGCAAGCGAAACGUAUCGAUCCGAGCAACAGCAACAGCAGCAGUCGAAUCAGCAGCAGCAGUCGAAUCAGCAGCCGAUAAUCGAUCAUCAGUUCCGAACGCCGGAUGUGAGACGACCAGAAGUGUCGCAGCUCCUUCUCAAGAUCAUUCCCGACGGUUCGUCCACCAACGGCGGUUUCGUGGUGCCGAUCUCGCGACCCUAUCCGAUCGAGAAGACGGUUCACGUGCCGCACCCGAUCGAGGUCGAGAGGAAAGUGCCAUACCUGGUGGAGCGGGUGGUCGAAAAACGGGUGCAGGUGCCCCAGCUGUACCACGUGCACGCGCCGGUGGUCGAGAAACAGAUACGCGUGCCGCACGUCUAUCCCGUCCACGUGGAGCGGCUAGUCGAGAAGAGGGUGCCGUACAUGGUUCAGCGGCUGCUGGUGCAGCCCGUUUCCUCUUAUCAUCCAUCAGUGCGACUACCAACGGAAAAGCCAACGACCCUCGCACGAUUACCCUCUCCUCGACCGUAUCUCCCGGAGGCGGAGGGACCGAUCGACAGCGGCGGCUCGAUCGACCCGAGCAAACUCAACGAUGUUCAAGCCAAGUAUCGACAGAAGCCAGCUUCCGGGAAUCCUCGCGGCGGCGAUUCCGCCGCCUUCGAGCCGCAGAUCGGGACGAACGCGUCCCUCGGCGUCCCUCCUUACGGCAGGCCGGUGACGUACGAUUACAAUAUCGACGUCGGCAAGAGCUACGUCCCGUUUACCGAUGUUAAAUUGAUGAUACUGCCGAGGAAAUACAAUAGCCACGUAGUGCUGCGGCCGCAGGCGGUCGCGUCGCCGACAUACACGGUGGUACCCUUCCGACAGCAGAUUGUGUACAAUCUGGUGGAGAGAAACAAGGACAACGUGUACGUAGGCCUCGCGCCCCCGCGUAAGACCUCGCAUAACAAAACAAAGUCGUCGACAGCGUCUACUCUCGCCCUGAGGAGAUCCAGGCAGCCGGAAAUACAAUAUCCCGGAAGCUUCAGGCAAUCGAAGAUGGAGUAUGGCUUCAAGCCGCCUAUGGUACCGUCUGUACAAUAUGACGAGCUGACGGCUACUCAAGUGGAGAAUUAACGUGAUCAUAAAUGAUAGCAUGAUUUAAAUAGUAGGCAUGUAAGGCGUCUAAAGAAUCAUAUUAGAUAUCUAAAGAAAAGAAGAAUAUUUUAGAUGUCUUGCAUUAUUUAAAUUCAUAAAAAAAAAAAUGGAG